CUGUUUCUGUGUGUUUUAUAGUUGAUUGAGUAAUUUUAGUUCAACAAGCUUUGUACCUUUACUCUGGUAGGGAGCAAAAUCAAUACUGCAUGUAAAAAUAGGGAUAUAUUCAAAGACAUCUAACUGUUCUUUUCAAAUCAAUUCAUGCAUUUCCCUUAAAAAAAAACUAAGGAGCUCAAUAACGUUAUAACUUUUUAUUUAAGUAAUUGUUCAUGUAAAACCUACAGCCAUUGGAAAAUCUAUUUCAUUGUUUCAUAAUAUCAUACCUCUGAAUAUAGAGUUACUAGCUUACCCUGCUAUUUAUAUCAUUCCUAUGUUUUUAAAUGUAAACCUGCAGAAUGAUGAUGAUGAUGAAAGAAAAACCAUGAAUCCAAUAACUAAAAGCGUGUUAAAAGAUGGACUUAAUCUCUUGUUUAUGCAAGCAAGUGAGGGAAGAGAUUGAACAAGGUCACAACGUUCUUAGGAAUAAAAAAUAGGCGUAGAUUAGAUUGAAGAAUCACCCACACUCUGGCUAAAAUGUUAAAGCUGCUAAUGCUUAAUGCUAAAGCUGUUAUCAGUCUGUCAUAUUUCAUCAGUUUUAGCUUGAACCUCCUUGUGGAAAAAUAACUAGCACAUACACAUAAAGCGAGUAGUAUUUUUCUAACACCGUGAGGACCCGACUUUGAGAAGCCUGGGUGCACUUCCGGUCCGCACCCCUCGUGUCCUCCUUCGGGGAACCCUCCGCCGUCACGGAGCAGGACCGAGGGCUCGGCCCGGGUCACAGCGGACCCAGCAUGGCCUCGUCCGGCGUCAAAGACUUCCUGGUCACGUAUCUAAUGCCGGAAAAAUGCUACGAGAGGAUUUUCGUCAACUUUCACAUGAACGUGUCUUGCCUGAAGUUUAUAAUGAACAGAAUUGUUGGAAUUUGGAUAAUUCUGGAAACCUUCCUGGCACAGCUCCCUCAGCUGCUGAAGAUACUGUGGAGAAGAAGUGCAGAGGGCCUGAGUUUGACCUCCAUGCUCCUGCAGCUGUAUGGCUUCUCGUGUCCUGUCGUGUACGCAAUGGCCAACAACUACCCGCUCUUCGCCUGGGCUGAAAGGCUCUUCACCUUGGCUCAAACGGCAGCGAUGGUCUUCCUCAUCCUGCAUUAUCGUGGCAAUACGCUCUCAGGGCUGCUGUUCCUCUCGGCUUACGGCGCUGCCAUGUUCCUUCUGGGCUCCUACGCAGCUGCAGCAGUUGUCUCAGUGAUGCAGGCCUCCAGCUUGGCAGCUUUAAUCACAAGCAAGGUUCUCCAAGCUAGAACUAACCACUGUCACGGCCACACGGGCCAACUGUCGUCUCUGUCUGUGUUGCUGUCGUGGGCUGGAUCUCUGGGUGUUCUCUUUGUGUCUCUGCAGGAGACAGGUAGCUGGUUCACCACUUUGUCACACACGCUGUCAGCCGGUGUGAGCUGCGUCCUCGUGGCCCAGGUCCUCUGCUGCAGGAGCAGCGCCGCCUCCACUAAGACCAAGAGUGAGUAGAGGUGCUGGACGGUGGCACAACACGCAAAUGCUUCUGAACAAUUGCCAGAAAUUAUAUUGCUGUUUUAUCCUCAUUAAUGUCGGUGAAUAAAAAGAUUGUUUUCUAGUGGUUUAAAAAAGAAUUCCAGUAGAGGUCAUUUUUAAUUGCAGGUUUUUAAACUGCAGAAGAGGUCUAGUCAUGCAGUAUAAACAAGCUUACUUGCAAGCUUCAGUUUCAGCAAUUAGUCACUCCCUCCUAUGUGGUUUACAAUAAAUCCUGAUGACGACGAUGAUGAUGAUGCAUGAUUCAUGUCAGAUUUCCCCAUGUAGCCUCUCACAUGCAAGCAUUUCCCAGGUGGCGUUAGUUGAGUCUGUCAGGGUUCAAGGAUUAAGGGCUCAGGUGGGACAUUAGGGUUGGGAGCUUGUCAAUCAUUUCUCUGCUCAGACGUGAGAUUCACAAUGAGGGGAACGCUUCAUGUCCCGGUGCUGCGGUAGCUCUAGUAAAUUGUGUCAAAGAUCAAGAUUAAAACCAUCGUUUUACCUACGUAAGGGAUGUGGAAUACGCUGGAGUCUAUUGAUGUUUUUAGAAUUCCAAGCGGCACCAAUUUUGUAUUUAAAAAUAGUUCAUUGAAUGCCUCUUCGGAGGUUUAAGUAAUGCCAGCCGGGGGAACAAUGUUCAGUGUUACUGAGUAACUCUCCAGGAAAUUCACUGAGGUGACCUGAGAGCCAAUAUCACACCAACCCUGUUUGUUUUGGGAGUUACCGGUUUGUACCAUUGAACCAAACACAGAAAUACUGAAGUAGUGGCUCACCUGCUACAGUAAACCGCCUUGUUUUUACUGUAGCACAUUUAUGGAGUUUCUCACUUGCUUACCUGCUGAACUGUACAGUAAAGGACACUGAUUUAUUGUGUCCGAAAAUUUAAAAAAAUAAUAAUAAAAAUUGUCACCUUCAGUCAUCUUUUCCGGGACCGUCAAAGACCUUUGGCCUGUUCCCACUCGAUCUGUGUAAUCUGUGUGUACAUAAUAAACACGGCAUUGUAUGUUUUCACAUGA